GAUGUGUCAGUUUGUGUGCGCGACACCACGUGGGGCAGAGCUCUCGGCGCGCGCUCCUCCGCCCUCCCUCACAGCGCAGCCUGCCCUAGGGAUCGCGACUUUUAAGACAGUGAACAUUGACUGUAUUAUUGUUUGAACGCUCGUAAAUCCUUUGUGAUACACUGCCAAUGUGCGGUAACAAGUGGAGAGUGAAAAGUGCUCGCAGUUGACAGUGUAAACCGGCGAGGGCGAGGAGGCCGUCUCCCCCCUCUCCCGUCCCCCAUCUGCCUUCGGUUGUCCUCGAAGUUAAGUGCCGGGCGUGAUGCCAGGCGUGGUGUGCUCCCCGCCCACGGGCACCAGCGCCCCCGCCGACGCCGCGGUGCCGUCCUCUCUCGGCACGGCGGACACCAGUGGCGAGGUGACCUCCUGGCGGACCUCACCUCAAGGCGGUAUUGCGCCUCCCUCUCCGGACUCCGAGUCUGGGAUCGAGGACUCUCCGGACAGCAUCGACGGCGUCGCCAUGCCGCUGUCCCCGCCUAUUCCCAUCCCGUCCUUCCGCCGCGGAAGCCUUCAGCUCGGGCGCGGCCACACGCCUCCUCCGGGCGCCCUGCUUCAGCCAGACCACCUCAGCAACUCCGCCCCCGCCACUGCCAGCGAAGACAACACGCCCCCGUCCACUCGCGGUAACGCCCUCGCCGCCGCCGCCCGUGAGCGGGGAGCCGCAGUGUGGUGGCGAGGCCGGAGCGGGAGUGCCCACCAUUGAAAUCAG